AUGUGAACAUGGUGCAUCCGAGUGCAUACAGAUUAUGUGUAUAAAUAACGAGGCGGCUGCCCGUCUUGCACGAAUCGAAUUCUAAUACCAUCAUCCCCACCAAAUCCAAUAGUCCGGUUGACAUCCCAAACGGUGAAGAUCUACAAGCAACGAUCAUCAUAUCUUGACGCCAUCCCAUUUCGUUCCCCUCUCCAAUCUACCAGCCCUCACAGCCCUCUUCUCCUCUGAGUCUGCUCUCUCCGCAAACCACAAACACCAAGCAUCAGCAACCACCCAAAACCACAACCGUCAAGAUGUACUUCAGCACCCCCUUCGCCCUUCUCUCCCUCCUCGGCCUGGCAUCUGCCUCUCCCGUCCCGAGCCCGAGCCCUGCCGAAGGCAGCACGUCACCGGCCGGCUGCUCAGACACGUCGUUCGGGGCGUUCGCCUGGACGGCCAAGAACUUCGACUUCCACGCCUCAUACAUCUUCACGACACCAUCCCACCAAAACUCAUGGGGCUAUGUGUCGUUCGACUUGCUCAACCCCGCCGACCAGAGCACCACCCACUGCGAGGGCGCCAGCAACCAGCUCAGCGACUUCUUCUACGGCACCGUCGCCUACAAGUGCAACGACACCGCGAGGAUCGGCGAGACCAGCUUUGACUUUGCGCGGCCGACCAACCAGCUGCGGGUCAACCAGACCUGGACCUGCGACGACAAGGACCCGAAGUGGCCUACCACCUUCACUGGCCGCGGCCAAGUCGACCUGACGCUCGAGUGCGAGGAUGAGAAGUGGGAGAACAAGGAGUGGGAGAUGGGCCAGAUCUACAGCAGUCGGACCAUCACGUGUGCUCCCGUCGAGAGCACCUUCAAGCCCACGGAGUUGACCGCUGUGGCGUAGAAGGCUGACGGACGGGUUUUCUUUUUUACGAGUACAUGA